AUGCCCAGGGGAAAGCGUGGCUACAGAAAAAGGUACGGCAAGUAUGUCUCACCCCAGGACAACAUAAACGCAUGGAUAGACAGCAUAUACAAUGCAAGAAAGGGUGGGAAUGAAUCCGUAGAGACCGACUCUCGUACCUUCAAGCACGUAACUCAUAGUUGUGAACUCCGUGCAGAGCUCGGCGCCCAGCGUAAAACCGGAGAAUUCGUUGAUGUGGUGGUAGAAGUAGAGGGUAGGAAGUUCCCUUGUCAUCGGGCAGUGUUGGCGUCCGUACCGUACUUCAAGACCAUGCUGUCUUGCAACCUCGCUGAAAGCAAUGCGAGGACAGUACGGCUGCAAGGAAUAGUCUCCAACAGUUUCGGCAAGAUUCUGGACUUCGUGUACACGGGGGAGAUCUGCAUCGGUGUAGACGACGUCCAGGAUAUUCUUCAGGCGGCCCACUUGCUACAGUUUGACAAGAUCCUGAAGUAUUGCGAAGUGUUCAUCCAAGAAAACCUUAGCCCGUCGAACUGUUUGGGUGUCAUGUUCCUCGCCGACAUGUAUGGUUUCCCUGAUUUGAAAAAGAAAGCAAGGAAAGAGAUGGUGUCCAACUUCUCGGACGUCCGACAAAAUGACGAGUUUUUUAGCCUUCCGACGGAGGAGUUAGUGGAUCUGCUCACAGACGACACUUUGCAGGUCAUGAGUGAAGAAGACAUCGUCCAUACUGUGAUACAAUGGCUUGACCAUGACCCUGAAAAUCGCAAAACAGCAGUAUCACAGAUAUUGCCUGCGAUUCGCUUAUCUUACGUGAGGGUCAGUCUGCUUAGAGAGCUGGAGUCCCACCCUCUGGUAAGGCAGUCCGCUGAGAUUCUGUCGGCAAUCACAGCAGCAAAGGAGAGAAUGCAACUGCCUACAGCCACGGAGGGAGAUGGCGCUCAAACCAAACCUAGGCCCGGCACAUCUGACGACUUAGCAAUCAUAGUUGGCGGUUGGAGAGCAGUCAAUCGUCAGUUCAAAUUCACCCCGCGACGCUGGCGUAUGGUUCCAUGGACACGGGAAAGCAUUUGGAAGGCCUUUCAUACAGCCAAACCAAAGCCACCGGAUCAGCACAGGCAAGCCACGCCUGGUACUCACAGCUUUCCAACAGCUAGUUCUUCUUCCAAGGCAGAAGUCGAUCAACAUCAUCAACCAGUUGACAGUCCUGAACAGCCGGUCGCCAUGCGAAGUAUAAUUUGCCUUGAUCCAAAUGCUCGUCAAUACUACCACAUGACUGACCUUCCAAUGCCUGUCUUGGGAUACAUGAGUGUAGCAAUGGCAAAGGGACGCCUGUACGUAACAGGAGGGCGUGUCCAUCCUUUGGUCGGUGAGGGCCCUCACACCGCACCAGUCAAACAAGCCUCUUGCUAUGAUUUCCCAACAGACACUUGGUCAAAGUUACCUGACAUGCCUCGAGGUAGGGCAGGGCACCAGUCAGUUGUCGUUGAUGGAAAACUGUUCCUGGUUGGAGGUGACAUUGACGACACGUCUGGGUUCAGCAUGGAUUGUUACGAUCUUGAAGUAGAGGCUUGGAUAAAGCCGCCUACGGGACCGGCAACGCCAACAGUAGACCCUUCCUCACGCCUUACGGUGGCAGGGCGCGGAGGUACGAUUGUGGUCAUUGAGGCGACAACGAACAUUGAGGAACGGAGAAAGUUACCUAGAAGGCGAUACGAAUUGCCAAAAAUAAUCUACUACAGAAAACUCCGCGUUCAUGCCUUGGAUAUCAAAACCCAAAGUUGGACGCACUUGGAGUUAAAGGUGGAUACAGCGGACUCAACCAGCGAGCCUUCCCAUGUGUUUGUGAUAGCUGUUGAUGACACGUUUUAUUUCUUUUCCGCCGAAAUGUUUGGAGGUGAUGAACUUUAUGACCCAACGAUGUACGCCUACGAUGCCAGUACGAAAACCCUACUCAUGGAUGUAGAGGAUGAACUAGGUUUUGCAGGGCACUUCAUUCGCACAUCACGUAACAGGUUGUAUGCUGAUGGGCAGGCAGGGGUCGCAGAUACACUAGUCAACCCUAAGAUUGACGGCAAAGACAGCACAGUGAGCUGGAAUGCGUCCCUACCCGUGCCUUUGUUUGGUCACGGCUUCCUUCUGACCAAGAAACGUGAGACCCGGUGGUACUGCAGGGACCUUAAGAAGCUACAAACCUAG